GGAAGAGGGAGUGUCUUUAAUAGUGUUCUCACUGAGGCACCGCAGACACGGCUCAACACGGCAAGAAACUGAAACACAGUCUGACUUGCAAAGCAAGCCUAACCAGGAGCUCUCUCCAGCUUAUUUCCUGUACUUGGAGGCCAUCUUGAGUUGACGGACUUACUGCUUACAGAAGCGUUUGUUUGCUUUUUCUCAUUUGUUACAGUUGCUUUUUUUGUCCCCAGUGUGUUUCCUUGAAGUUUGGACGUUUUCCUCUUCAAAGCUGCUUUGGAGUAGUGAGGGAACAGGAAGCAGCAGCAGCAGGAGGAGGUGUAGAGGACAUUUAGUUUCAAAGCUAAACUUUAUCUUUAUUUCUCACCUGCUUCUUCUCUGGAAUGGAAGCCGUAUAGAGGAGCUUUUCCGUGAAAGGGAGGGCUAGAAGAAAGAGGAGCCACUUCCUGGAAAGGGAUCAGUUGUUUUUAAGCUCUAGUAGACACGGGACACACAGCAGGGACGGCCACUUUUGAUGAGUGAGUGACUGCUGGUGUGUGGAGGUGAGUUUGCUGCCUCACACUAGCCAGUCUUAUCUCUUGUGACUGUCUUUGACUCUUCGGCAUGGCCAACGUCAGUCCCUUCAUGUCUCCGGGACCCAUUUCCCAGGUCUUCUUCCCCCCGGGAGGUACAUCUCCACCUGGGUCAGUGGUGAUGCAGCAGGGGACACCGGUUUCUGUCCAUAACUCUCAAACCCCAGGGUUUCCUACAGUGGAGAUGGGGGUUGCCCCAGCUCCCGGUGGGGCAUCUGGAAUAACAUCUGGGCCUCCGGCACCAGCCGGUGUCUCCUUCAUGAUACAGAUUGGGCUUACUAGAGAAUCUGUGCUUCUACCCCAGACUGCAGACCUGGCCUACAUCAAACAAAUUUCUUGCUCAAUUGUGGAUCAGAAGUUUCCUGAAUGUGGCUUUUAUGGGAUCUACGACAAGAUCCUCCUCUUCAAGCAUGACACCAGCAGCAGUAACAUCCUGCAGCUGGUCAAGGCCGUGUCGGACAUCCAGGAGGGCGACUUGGUGGAAGUCGUUUUGUCCGCUGCUGCUACAUCCGAGGACUUCCAGAUUCGUCCUCACGCGUUAAACGUGCACUCCUAUCGCGCCCCGGCGUUCUGCGAUCACUGCGGCGAGAUGCUCUUCGGCCUGGUGCGUCAAGGACUCAAAUGCGAUGGUUGUGGACUGAAUUACCACAAGCGCUGCGCUUUUAGCAUUCCCAAUAACUGCAGCGGGGCGAGGAAGCGGCGGCUGUCCACCACGUCCCUCACCAGCAGUCAGUCUCUCCGUCUGUCCACCGCGGAGUCCCUCAGUAGCCUCAACAGCAGCGUGACGUCUGAAGAAGCCAGCCUCAUCCGAUCGCACACCCAGAUGCCCCGCACCCCCAGUGAGGCCAGGCGCUUUUACACGGGACGGCCCGUCCACCUGGACAAGAUCCUCAUGACUAAAGUGAAGGUCCCGCACACAUUCGCCGUCCACUCGUACACGCGUCCCACCGUGUGUCAGUACUGCAAGAGACUGCUGAGAGGACUCUUCCGCCAGGGACUCCAGUGUAAAGACUGCAAGUUCAACUGCCACAAGCGGUGUGCGUACAAGGUCCCAAACGACUGCUUAGGGGAGACUCUCGGUAAUGAGUACAUAUUAAGUCCAAGCACAGACACGGAGGUGCCGAUGGACUACAGUAAUGAGUAUUCUGACACUGAUAAGUCAUCUCUAAUGGACGACUCAGACGAGGCCUGCAGUAUCCCCGGGUCUUUCUCCCCAGACAGCAACCAGGAUGGAGCCAGUGGAGACCAAAGUGCUAAUAUUCCUCUGAUGAGAGUAGUGCAGUCGAUCAGGCAGACCACACGUCGUUCUAGCACAGCCAUCAAGGAGGGCUGGAUGGUGCACUACAGCAACAAGGACACACUGAGGAAGAAACACUACUGGCGCCUGGACUGCAAGUGCAUCAUCCUAUUUCAAAACGACACCACCAACAAAUACUACAAGGAGAUCCCGCUCUCCGAAAUCCUGGAGGUCUGUCCGGCAGGUGAUUUCUCUCUGGUCCCUCCAGGCACAAGCCCCCACUGCUUCGAGAUCAUGACGGGUACCAUGAUCUACUUUGUUGGUGAAGACCCCAACACCACCCCGUCUCCGUCAUCCAAUGUCUCUGGUCUGCCCAUCUCCACCAUCCCCAGCUGUGUUGCGCCCAACAGUGGGGUGGGACGAGAGUUUGCCAAAGGAUGGGAGACUGCGAUACGUCAAGCCCUCAUGCCAGUCAUCUUCCAGGACAACCCUCCAGCAGAAGGUCAUGUUCCUCACCGGCAGGCAUCAGUCAGCAUCUCGGUGUCUAACAGUCAGAUUCAGGAGAACGUGGACAUUGGAAUGGUCUAUCAGAUCUUUGCUGAUGAGGUUCUGGGCUCUGGACAAUUUGGUGUAGUGUAUGGAGGAAAACACAGGAAAACUGGCCGGGAUGUAGCCGUAAAGGUGAUCGACAAGCUCCGGUUCCCCACCAAGCAGGAGAGCCAGCUGAGGAAUGAAGUAGCCAUAUUGCAGAGCCUGAGACACCUGGGUAUAGUGAACCUCGAAUGCAUGUUUGAGACGCCGGAAAAGGUGUUUGUGGUGAUGGAGAAACUUCAUGGUGACAUGCUCGAGAUGAUCUUGUCGAGUGAGAAAGGACGACUUCCUGAGAGGCUCACCAAGUUCCUCAUUACGCAGAUUUUGGCUGCUCUGAGGCACCUUCACUUCAAAAACAUAGUGCACUGUGACCUCAAGCCCGAGAAUGUGCUGUUAGCAUCAGCAGAUCCUUUCCCACAGGUGAAGCUUUGUGACUUUGGUUUUGCUCGCAUCAUCGGAGAGAAGUCUUUCCGUCGUUCGGUUGUUGGCACGCCGGCAUAUCUGGCCCCCGAGGUCCUGCUGAACCAGGGUUACAAUCGCUCUCUGGACAUGUGGUCUGUAGGUGUGAUUAUGUAUGUCAGCCUGAGUGGAACUUUCCCCUUCAAUGAAGAUGAAGACAUCAACGAUCAGAUCCAUAACGCCGCCUUCAUGUACCCACCCAACCCAUGGAAACAGAUCUCUCCAGAAGCCAUCGACCUCAUCAAUAACCUGCUGCAAGUGAAGAUGAGAAAACGCUACAGUGUGGACAAGAGUCUCAGCCAUUCCUAUCUACAGGAUUACCAGGCCUGGUUGGACCUCCGAGAGCUGGAGUCGAAGCUCGGGGAGCGCUACAUAACCCACGAGAGCGAUGACAGUCGUUGGCAGCAGUACGCCCGAGACCACACGCUGCCCUACCCUGCUCACCUGGUGCCCCCGCCACCCGCCUCCGACGACGACGAGCUCGAGGGAGCGGAGGACGCAGACAUGCAGGGGCUGACGGAGCGCGUUAGCAUCCUCUGAAGAAGAAACCGAGGAGAAUGAGAGGAAUGAAGAGUACCUGCUCGAACUCUAACGAUUUUUUUAGUGCACCAGGAGCGCAGGAAGGCCAUCUCUGACCUCUUUUCAGCCAGGACUGCUGCUGAUCUGUUUGCUGGGAUGCAGAUAUUAAGGUUGGGAAGGAACUGUUCAUUGUAGUUAUGUGCACAACAGAAACGGACUGUUUUUGGGUUCGACUUUCCCCUAACUAGACGUCUUUUUCAAGGUACGGUCACAUUUACCGGUAUUCUGCGUAUUUUCGUAGGCGAAACCCAGUCAGUUUAAUGGAAAAACACUCUAGAGGUAACUUAGGUUAGGACGAAAGAUUUCAUCAUGCAGAUUUCGCAACUGGUUCAAGUUGGUCGCACGCGUUCGCCACGUUUACCAAGAGACGGCUGCUUGGUUUGAAAGUGAAUUCUGUGUAAAUGGAACUUCAUAAACGGAAAGUUUGCUAAUGUGACCGUGCCUUUAGGGGACAGUAGAUACUGAGACGUGGUUUUUAAAAUUUUCAAUAUUUGCCACAUUUUAAAAACUUUCCAAGAAAUUUGAAAAAAAAACAGCACAAGAUGCGACACAAUGGCGAGAAACGUUUUUCUGAACGUGUCUUUCGUGGUGCUUUGAAGGCGAUGAAUAAACUAUGUUUAAAGAGUUUUAAUGGUCAAAACUAGGGUAUGGUCACAUUUACCGGUGCUCCUUACAAAAUAUGUGGCCGGAAUCCAGUCAUUUCAAUACGAAUCUUUAAAAUCGGGAGUUGUUACUUCAACAGACUGCAUUCAAGUUCGUGCGAAUUUGCCGCAAUGACCGAAAGAAAGUUGAAAAAAGACUUCUGUGUGAACGGUGCUUCAUGCACGGACAAUACUUUUUUUUUUCUUUUUUUUUGCACACAAAAUUUCACCCAAAUUUGUCAUUGUGACCUAAACUGCUAAAGCGCGACAUGCGUUUAACAUGCAAAUUAAAGUAGCGGAAAAAUCUGUAAAAACGUCAGUCGAUAAAUCAGCAUGACCCAUCCCUAGUUUGUUUCACGAUUGAUGUCAAGCCGAUAAUCUCCAGGUCACAGGCAGUGUAUUAAUAAUGAUACAAACGAAAAGGAAAAACAAAAAACGUAUCUAUUAAUCUGGACUUUUUUUUUUUCAUUUUUUGCUCUGUGGUUAGUUUCAGAUCCACUUUUGUUGCAUAUUACUGAGAACCUUUUUGCAAAAUAACCUGGAAGAAAUCGAAGAGUGGUGUUUUCCAGUAUCGUCAGUGAUUUGCCCUACAGGAACAGACAACUUCAACUCUGAGAAUGGAUGUUAUCUUAUGAGGACUGAUAAGCAGGCUGCCCCUCGGCCUUAUCAGCAUACAAAACGAUUGCACAAAGGCUACCUAGACCGAUCAGCCGCCGUUAGCUAGUCCUAGCUGUGCUCGAUGUGUAUCCUUAUUCCUAACUGACCCUAGACCUGAGCAUUAGGCUGCAUGUCACUGAGAAUUAGGUUUGCUUGAAACUUAUUGCUAUGAAGGACUUUUUUGUACACAUGUAACCUUAGAAAUUCUGAUGUAGUUUGUGGGAGGUAAUGUCGGAGCGUUUCCAGCUGGUAUAAUAAACACGGUGAUGCAUAAA